AAAGAGUCACGAGUGUGUACAUUUCCCUACUCCAAUUUAAUUAUCAAUUUAUUAUUUCAAUUAUUCUGUUGGUUAAAAAUUGUUAAUUAUUAUUUAACAAUAAGUCGUGUGUGAAAGAACUAAUAAAUUAACAUCCAUAUGACGUCUAAAUAAAAUAUACAAUUUUUUAAAAUUUAUUUAAUAAUUUAUUGUAAUAUAGUGUGUAAGUUUUAUCGAACAACUCGAAGACAGUGGCCGUGAAGUUACGAACAAAAGCACAAUAAAGGGGAGUUAAGUAUAAAAACUUGAAACAAGCAACAAAAAUGAAGAAUCAAGUUGUUCAUGUCUUGCUUAGUACUCUAUAUUUAGCAAGCAUCUAUACGAUCCAGGCUGUUAAUUACAGCGGAACGACCGAAGUACAAGAGGGACAACCAUGGAGUAUUAUAUGUACGGGUUUAAAAGCUGGAGAAAAAAUAAUUUGGACAAGAAAUGGGCAACAGUUUGAAGAAUUAUCGUCUGGUGAUAUCAGAGUAUUUAAGCCAGAUAAAGGAGUCAGUGAAUUAAAGGCUGAGCACGCUACUGAAUUACACGAAGGAAGCUACAAAUGUACUCCCAGUAGUAAUGAAUCCUACCACCUUACAGUUAAAACAGUGACUAAAAUAAAAGUUCUUACAAGCUCUGAUGUACCAAUGAUUCUGGAAUGUGAUAAUCAUACGGCUGGGGAAAAAGUUGAUUGGUAUAUAGACGGAGAAAGUGUUGCUGAAAAAUUCGCAGAUAAAGACGAACUUCUUAAAGUUGACAGCAAUGGAGUACUUACAAUAUAUCAAAAUUUAAUAGAUGUAUUUGGAAAUUAUACGUGUAAUACCACUGCCCAUGCAAACUCAACAAGAUUCUUUCGAAUCGUUCCCAGACCAACGGCACUUCUACGUGAAGCAGAAAAUGUAGUCGAGGGCGAAAAGCUCCAUAUGGUCUGCAAAGGACACCAUUAUCCAGGAUUAAAAGUUAUGUGGGAAUUUGCUGGCAAAACUUACAACAACAGUGAAGGCCGAGUUAAAUUAUUGCCAGAUGAAGAACGGGGAAUUAAUCGCGCAAUACUUAGCGUUGAUAAUAUUCAGAUGAGCGAUCACGGUAACGUAACUUGUAAAGUUGCGUAUGAUUGGAACGAUACUCCAAACCACAUGAACAGCACAACAGCUACACUCAGAAUCAAAGAUAAAUUAGCAGCUCUGUGGCCAUUCCUCGGAAUUUGUGCUGAAGUCGUCGUACUCUGUGCCAUUAUUCUAAUUUAUGAAAAGAAACGUAAUAAAUCUGAAUUAGAAGAGUCUGAUACUGACCAAAGUCCCGAUACCAAGCCAACGCCCAACAAGGACUCUGAUGUGAGACAGAGAAAGUAAGCAGCGGAAAUCUAAGUAAUGUUAAAAAAAAAAAAUAUUAAAAUUAUUAGAAGGCAGUGUUAAGGCUCCAGUAUAAUAUUUAAAGAUGAGAACAAAUGUGAGGAUGUUGCUAGUGCUGAUAAAUAAAAAAUCUAGGACGAAAACAAUAAUAAUUAAAUAAAAGGAUACCGCCGUUGCUCCUUGCUGCUGUUAUAUUAAUUUUAAAAAAAAUAAAAUUUGAGUCAACAAUUAAAUACUACAACGUUAGUUAAUUAAUUGCACACGAGUGUGCCUUGUUCGAGGAUCCAUUUCUCGUAAGCGCAGUAAUUUUUUUCCAUUGUGAAGAACUACAUUUAAAAUAAUUAAAAAAGUAUAAAGUAUUUCAUAUUAUUCAUGCAUUUUUAAUACAAUUGCAAUGGAAAAAUUAUUAAAUUAAGUGCACCAUUAUUUUAAUUAAUACAUCUGAAUAAUCACUGUGCACUAUUAUUAUUAUUAAUAUUAAUAUUAAUAUUAUUGUUAUUUAUAUUUACAAGUUUAAUAUCUAAGAGAUUUUUGUUUUUUAAGUCAUUUUUUUUUUAUUUCUUUUAAGGGGGACAGGGAUCUGAAAUACAAAAAACAAAAAAAGAGGAUAUUUUUGUGAUUUUUUUUUCAGAAAAGUUUCUUUAUUAAAAUUCUCAAAAUUUGUGAUCUUAUUAAGCAUCAUUUCAAGAAUGUUCUACUAAAUUUUCAUAAAAAAAUAUUGAAAAAUAAGCCAGUGGUAGUGGGGAGAGACGAGUCACUAAAAAAAAAGUCUCCAUAGUAGGCAAGAUAACUCAUGACUGCAUCUGAAAUAAAAAAACCAAAAAAAUUUCUUUAGUACAUAAGUUUGAUGGAUUUGAACGAAGGAAUAAACAAAAUAUUCAUUUUUGAAUUUUUGGUAAAGGUGCAAUCAAAAGACUGAUUUUUGCCAAAAAUUGCUCGUUUUGUUUAAUUAAAAAAUAAGUAAUUAUUGAAAAAAAAAAUCCUUUGUUCAAAUCUAAGAUAAACUUAUGUACCAAAGAAAUCUUUUUGAUUUUUUGAUUUCAUAUGCAGUCAUGAGUUAUCCUGCCUAAUAUGGAGAAUUUGUUUUUAGUGACUCGUCUCUCCCCACUACCACUGGCUUAGUUUUAAAUAUUUUUUAAUGAAAAUUUAGCAGAACAUUCUUGGAAUGAUGCUUAAUCGUGUGACAAAUUUUGAGAAUUUUAAUAACGAAGGUACUCGAAAAAAAAAAUCACAAAAAUAUAUUUUUUAUUCUGUAUUUCAACCGCUUUCGCCCUUAAUAGAAAUAAAAAAAACCUAGCCAUAAUUAUUUUUUUUGUCCAUUGUAGACGUGAACUUUGACAUUAAUAAAAUAAUUGUCAAUUACAA